ACACACACACACACAGAGAGAGCGAGUCUGGCUCGAGUGAGGGCAGUCAGAGGCAGGUACAUAAUUAUUGGAGAAACAUUCCAGUAGAAUUCAAUGUCGAUCUUAUUUUUGCUUCAACAACGGGAAUAUACGGAGUGAAUGUUGCUCUUUGUGUAAUUAGGCUACCACAGUGUAUAGCUGCUUUGCUGUCGCUGGCACAAAGAAGGACUGUUUGUUUUUCCACUGUCCAAAAAGACUUCCAGUGAUGGAGUCUAAUCCUACUCAGUUACCYGUGGAACGGGACUCCAGCUGCUCUCCACCGAGCUCCAAACAGAACCGACCAACAUUCAACCCCAACCUGAAACCCAACCAGGUCAGCGAGACCGCSCUGUAUGGAAUACCCAUAGUCUGCCUGGUGCUGGACGGCCAGGAGAGACUGUGCCUGGCGCAAAUCUCCAACACUCUGCUGAAAAACUACAGCUAUAACGAGAUCCACAACCGGCGCGUGGCUCUGGGCAUCACCUGCGUGCAAUGCACCCCGGUCCAGCUGGAGAUUCUGAGGCGUGCGGGCGCCAUGCCCAUCUCCUCGAGGCGCUGCGGGAUGAUCACAAAGCGCGAAGCAGAGAGGCUUUGUAAAUCGUUUAUCGGAGCCCACAACCCUCCGAAACUACCGGAGAAUUUCGCGUUUGAUGUUUCCCACGAGUGCACGUGGGGGAGCCGUGGUAACUUUAUACCAGCCAGGUACAACAGCUCCCGAGCCAAGUGCAUCAAAUGCUCCUUCUGCAAUAUGUAUUUUUCUCCCAAUAAGUUCAUAUUUCACUCUCACCGAACAUCAGAAUCCAAGUAUACCCAGCCAGACGCUGCUAACUUUAACUCCUGGAGGAGACACCUCAAACUGACCGACAAGGGCUCGCCGGAUGAUUUAGCUCAUGCGUGGGAGGACGUCAAAGCCAUGUUCAACGGGGGCAGCCGGAAGAGGACGCUGCCCAUGCACCGCCACGGGCCCGAACGUUCCUCUCUGUUAAAACCUCACCAAGGACCUUCCAACCUGCUCCGGAGAGACUCGCCGGAGAUCCCCCCUAAAAUCCUCCGYUGCGAGGACAACCGGGGAGGCAUGGGGAGUAUGGCGAGCAUCACGCGCAGCUAUCCCAUUAUCCCGGUGCCCAGCAAAAGCUACGGGAUGCUGCAGAACGUGAAGAUCCCUCCACCUCUCUUCCCACACCCAUACGGGUUUCCGGCCUUCGGGUUGUGUCAGAAGAAGGAUGACAGUGGUGUGAUGGGGGAACCGAAUAAAGCCCACCUCUCUGGCGUCUUCUCCUGGCCGCGCACCAAGGACAGCGCCUACCACUCUUUCCCCAUGUUCUGGCCUACUGUAGACGGCCUGCCCAUACCGUCCUUCCCCCAGCCCCAGCCACAGCACCAGGCCCAGCACCAGGCCCAGCCCAAACAGCCAUCGGAGGUCCUGUGCGCUAGACAGAGUGAGCUGGACGCAUCCGAGCAGGGUGACAGAAAUAGCAAAGCACCAAAGGACAGCCUGGGGGAUAGUGAGCGGUGCUCCAGCACUCAGUCGACCCGGAAUGAGGAUGACAAGUCCGGGGAUGAGGCGAGGUCAAUGGACGGUAAAAUGCCUGUUCUACCCCGGAAGAUUAGCUAUGUCUCCGCAUUCAGACCCGUCGUCAAAGACGCGGAGAGUAUAGCCAAACUGUACGGUAACCGGGGGAAGUACAACGGGGCUCGAGCUGGGUAUCUGUCACCUGAUUUCCUGAGCGAGAGCUCGAGCUACAGGUCCUUGUCGCCAGGCAGCGUGGRGAGCGUUGGCGAGACAGAUGUGGACGUGGAGACCAAUAAGUCACAGGAGGAUGAGGAGUCACUUCCGCACUCCAUUGAGGACUGCAGGAGCCCUCCUGUCCCUGUUCAGAGCCUGACGCGCGGUGCAGGUUCACCAAACGGCUUUGAAUCCAUACCUGAGCCAGAGCAGGCCGCUGUGGUCGACUCACAGAGAAUGAACCGACCUUUACAGGUGGAGCUGUCUUCAAAUAGAGAUAGACAGGGCAAACAGCUGCCGGACUGCAAUAACAUCACGUCUUUUGAUGAAGUGUAUUCACCGGACAGGAGCAGUCCAUAUGCUUUUGGUUCAGCAACGAAUUACCAGACAGACAAUGUGGAAUCGAAAGAUGACUGUGCCAGUAGAGAGGAGCCAUCUUCGACAGUGAAUGAGGUUGAAACGAAGUCGUAUAACGGCCAAAGCAGGGAGGAGGGCCCGAGAGAAGCACUGAACGAGGACGAAUUGCAGAAACAACUCACGGAGCAAGUGGAGCUAAGGAAGAAAUUGGAACGAGAAUUCCAACAUUUAAAAGAUAAUUUCCAUCAUCAGAUGAAAAGGGAGCUGUCCUACAGGGAGGAGAUGGUUCAGCAGCUUCAUAUUGUCAGAGAAGCUCACGACGCGCUACACCAAUCUCCUGUAAGAUGCUGACUCCUCGUCACUGCACUGGAACCUGCUCCUUCAAACCUCCUCUUCUACCACCCUAGUCCCUUCCCACAGUCCGCCGUGGAGCCCCAUCCGUCUGGAAAGCAAGACUACUACCACCCUGAAGACUAGGCGUGCAGUAUCCAAAAUACUAGGCAGGGUCUGAGUUAGGGUAGACAUUUAACACGAGAGCGACAGGGUCUGAGUUAGGGUAGACAAUUUAACACGAGAGAGACAGGGUCUGAGUUAGGGUAGACAAUUUAACACGAGAGAGACAGGGUCUGAGUUAGGGUAGACAAUUUAACACGAG